AUGACGGAAGUAAGAGAUGUUGCCAAGUCCUACGAAAGGGCUAGAAGUACGUUUACACUUUUAUUCACAAGAAUAUAUUUUAACAAUAAAUACGCCACAGUCAUGGCUGCUGGAUAUUUGCUUUUUUCUGCUGCCGUUUGGGCCUUUUUUACCAGUCCAAGGAAACAUGAAUGGGUUGAUGUACUGUUGGACUAUGCUAACCAUAGAAGGUCACAAUAUAGUGGUCUGUGGUCCCAUAUUAACAAGAUUCCUAAUUAUUUUCAAAACUAUACUAAAUUAACUUUAUACUUUGGAGAUUGGAGAAGGAUUGAAUCAGACUGUUUGUAUUUGAGGGAUAAACGGGAUCUUGAUAAUUUAACUGUUUUGUCAAAGAUUUCUAACCGAAAAACAGUUGACAGUGACUUAAAACUAGAUAAUGAAGGCUUGGUUGAGUGUGCUGGAGUCAUUGAAAAUUGCAAAUUUGUAUACUUCCCGAACCAGAAGAACACAGAAGAACAUGAAAAUUUAAGUUUACUGGUACCGCUAGACCUGUUUUACUCUGAAAUGUAUAACUCAACUGAUGUAAAUUAUGUUAAAGAUAGUAAGGGAUUUGUCGCACAUUUGAACAGUUUGGGAUUUAAUAAGAUAUUACUUUGCUCUGGUAAUAAUAAUGUAUAUAAUUUUUAUCAUAAUUUAUUAAAAUACUAA